UUUCGCAAUGGUUUUCUUCAAUGUAGUCCCUUUGUAUUUGGCUUUUGUGUUUUAGUUGGGUGAAUUGCUAAAAUAUAAUAUCUGAUCAAUAACAUUUCUUUAACAAUUUAUGUAUUAUUUUCUUUUAGAGUGAAGGAGGAGAAAGAUGUCUCACAGGAAGUUUGAGCACCCAAGGCAUGGCUCUCUCGGCUUUCUCCCAAGAAAGAGGGCAGCUCGACAUAGGGGAAAGGUGAAGGCUUUUCCGAAGGAUGAUCCUACCAAGCCUUGCAAGCUAACUGCAUUCUUAGGUUAUAAGGCUGGAAUGACCCACAUUGUCAGAGACGUCGAAAAGCCUGGGUCAAAGAUUCACAAGAAGGAGGCAUGUGAGGCUGUUACUAUUAUUGAAACUCCUCCGAUGGUGGUGGUUGGAGUGGUGGCAUAUGUGAAGACUCCGCGUGGCCUUCGUUCCCUUAACACAGUUUGGGCUCAGCAUUUGAGUGAGGAGUUGAAGAGAAGAUUCUACAAGAACUGGUGCAUGUCCAAGAAGAAGGCUUUUACCAAAUAUUCAAAGAAAUGUGACACCGAGGAUGGGAAGAAAGAUAUCCAGGCACAGCUUGAGAAAAUGAAAAAAUAUGGAACCAUCAUCCGUGUUUUGGCUCACACUCAGAUAAGGAAGAUGAAGGGCCUGAAACAAAAGAAGGCGCACCUGAUGGAGAUCCAAGUGAAUGGCGGGACAAUUGCUCAGAAGGUGGACUAUGCAUAUAAUUUCUUCGAAAAGCAGAUCCCUGUGGAUGCUGUUUUCCAGAAGGAUGAGAUGGUAGACAUUAUAGGCGUCACCAAGGGUAAAGGCAACGAAGGAGUUGUUACCCGUUGGGGAGUCACCCGUCUGCCCCGAAAGACCCACAGGGGGCUUCGAAAGGUGGCUUGUAUUGGUUCAUGGCACCCUGCUAGAGUUUCCUUCACAGUUGCCCGAGCUGGUCAAAAUGGAUACCACCACCGUACCGAGUUGAACAAGAAGGUCUACAGGCUCGGCAAGGCAGGUCAAGAGUCUCAUACUGCCAUUACUGAGUUUGACAGGACGGAGAAGGACAUUAAUCCUAUGGGUGGUUUCCCGCACUAUGGAGUGGUGAAGGAAGAUUUUCUGUUAAUCAAGGGAGGCUGUGUCGGGCCUAAGAAGAGAGUUGUCACACUUCGUCAGUCUCUGCUCACCCAGACAUCUCGUGUAGCGCUUGAAGAGAUUAAACUCAAGUUCAUCGACACCUCCUCCAAGUUUGGACACGGUCGCUUCCAGACCACACAGGAGAAGCAGAAGUUUUAUGGCCGUGUGAAGGCUUGA